AAUAAAUUAUCCCCUUGAUCCUUUGACUACAAUGAAACACUUAGUCUUCCUAGAGGUCUGCUGCGUAUCUCCAAGUCCAAAUCUGGACUUUUUUUUCAACUCCAACAUCUCCCACUCAGACAUGAAUCUUCUUCAUUUUCAUCCAAUUCCACAGUGCUCACUCAAUGUCUCCUCCCCUACAAUUUCACGUUUUCAUGUAGGUUCUUAUUCUUCUUUUCCCCCUUCUUCACAGUCUUUGAGCUUGAGGAGGAACAUUAGUUCUUUCACAAUUUCAGCAGGUUCAAGAGCAACUGGUCCUAGACAAAUUCCAGCGCGAGACAGAGUCAUAGAUUUUGGAAAAUACAAAGGUAAAAUGCUGGGUACACUCCCAUCUAAAUACCUCAAAUGGGUUUCCAAAAAUCUUCGAGCUCGUGAUUUUGAAGAGUGGGCCAAGCUCGCAGAUGAAGUCCUUUCUGACUCUGUGUAUAAGGACCGAAUUGAGUGGGAGUUUGCUCAGAAUCUCCUGAACGGCGACGUUUCAGCAAGCACACAAAGCGCGGUUUCUGAGUUGCUGGAAAUCAGCACAAGAUUUGGUUGGGACAAUGAAGACAAGUUGGGUUGGAGCAAAAUUGAUUAUGAACUACUUGGUACAUCCAAAGGCGGUCGAAUACCAAGACUUUCUUAUUCUCCAAAUAACAACACCAAUUUAAAAGGGAUUGCUGAAGUUGAUAGUAGUCAGGAGGAGGAAACUGGAAAAGGUGAAAAAGACAGUAGGGAGAGAAGACGGGAACGGAUAAGGUUACAGAGGAGAAAGAAUGAUUCUGGCUCACCUUCAACUAUGACAGAAAGAACAAGAAAUUUACAGAAUCCUGAGAAUCAUACUGAUUAUAAUACAAUCAACAAAGACCAUUCUGUAUCAAAUACUGGAAGUCGUUUUCCUGGUCGCGAGGCAUUGUUGAAGGCGGCCUUGUCUCUUGGUAGCAGGAAACAGUUUUAGCAACUGUGCAAUCAUCUGUUUUGAGGUUGUCAGUGUAUACACAAAUAGAAUUCGUUCUUGAUUA